GUCCCCGCCCGCCGGCUCCGGGCUGAGUUGGGGCAGGUUCGGGCCGCCGCCGCCAGCUCCGUUUCGCUGGCGCGGAGGUCGCCGUGGACCCCGCUGCAUUGUGUGCUCCCGCCACCCCCACCCCCCGAGUGUCCGCGCCGCGCGCCGGCUUACUUUUUGAAAAUGGGGAGGAUCGAGGAGCACUGUCUUUUGGAAAACUUGAAUAAUCAUGGGCCAGACGGGGAAGAAAUCUGAGAAGGGACCUGUUUGUUGGCGGAAGCGUGUAAAAUCAGAGUACAUGCGACUGAGACAGCUCAAGAGGUUCAGACGAGCGGAUGAAGUAAAGAGUAUGUUUAGUUCUAAUCGUCAAAAAAUUUUGGAAAGAACGGAAAUCUUAAAUCAAGAGUGGAAACAGCGAAGGAUACAGCCCGUGCACAUCAUGACUUCUGUGAGCUCAUUGCGCGGGACUAGGGAGUGUUCGGUGACCAGUGACUUGGAUUUUCCAACACAAGUCAUCCCAUUGAAGACCCUGAAUGCCGUCGCCUCGGUUCCCAUAAUGUAUUCUUGGUCUCCCCUCCAACAGAAUUUUAUGGUAGAAGAUGAAACUGUUUUACAUAACAUUCCUUACAUGGGGGAUGAAGUUCUAGACCAGGAUGGCACUUUCAUUGAGGAACUAAUAAAAAAUUAUGAUGGCAAAGUCCAUGGAGAUAGAGAGUGUGGGUUUAUAAACGAUGAAAUUUUUGUGGAGUUAGUGAAUGCUCUUGGUCAAUACAAUGAUGAUGAUGAUGAUGAUGAUGGAGAUGAUCCCGAUGAAGGAGAAGAAAAGCAGAAGGAUCUAGAGGAUAGUCGAGAUGGUAAAGAAAGCUGCCCACCUCGGAAAUUUCCUUCUGAUAAAAUUUUUGAAGCUAUUUCCUCAAUGUUUCCAGAUAAGGGCACAGCAGAAGAACUAAAGGAAAAAUACAAAGAACUCACCGAGCAGCAGCUCCCAGGUGCACUUCCUCCCGAAUGUACCCCCAACAUAGAUGGACCAAACGCUAAGUCUGUGCAGAGGGAGCAGAGUUUACAUUCAUUUCAUACACUUUUCUGUCGGCGAUGUUUUAAAUAUGACUGCUUCCUACAUCGUAAGUGCAAUUAUUCCUUUCAUGCAACACCCAAUACAUACAAGCGGAAAAACACAGAAACAGCUCUGGACAAUAAGCCUUGUGGACCACAGUGUUACCAGCACCUGGAGGGAGCGAAGGAGUUUGCUGCUGCCCUCACUGCAGAGCGGAUAAAGACCCCGCCCAAGCGCCCUGGGGGCCGCAGGCGAGGCCGACUCCCCAACAACAGUAGCAGGCCCAGCACCCCCACCAUCAACGUGCUGGAGUCCAAGGACACCGACAGCGACAGAGAAGCCGGGACUGAAACUGGCGGGGAGAACAACGAUAAGGAAGAGGAGGAGAAAAAGGACGAGACUUCUAGCUCCUCUGAAGCAAAUUCUCGGUGUCAAACCCCAAUAAAGAUGAAGCCAAAUAUUGAACCUCCUGAGAAUGUGGAGUGGAGCGGUGCCGAAGCCUCGAUGUUUAGGGUCCUCAUCGGCACUUACUACGAUAAUUUUUGUGCUAUUGCCAGGUUGAUUGGGACCAAAACGUGCAGACAGGUGUAUGAGUUUAGAGUCAAAGAGUCCAGCAUCAUAGCACCUGCUCCUGCCGAGGACGUGGACACUCCUCCAAGAAAGAAAAAGAGGAAACACAGGUUGUGGGCUGCACACUGCAGAAAGAUACAACUGAAAAAGGAUGGCUCCUCUAACCAUGUUUACAACUACCAACCCUGUGACCACCCACGGCAGCCUUGUGACAGUUCGUGCCCUUGUGUGAUAGCACAAAAUUUUUGUGAAAAGUUUUGUCAAUGUAGUUCAGAGUGUCAGAACCGCUUUCCUGGAUGCCGCUGCAAAGCACAGUGCAACACCAAGCAGUGCCCAUGCUACCUAGCUGUCCGCGAGUGCGACCCGGACCUCUGCCUGACGUGUGGAGCUGCGGACCACUGGGACAGCAAAAACGUGUCCUGCAAGAACUGUAGCAUCCAGCGGGGCUCCAAAAAGCAUUUAUUGUUGGCACCAUCGGAUGUAGCAGGCUGGGGGAUUUUUAUCAAAGAUCCUGUACAGAAAAAUGAGUUCAUCUCGGAAUACUGCGGAGAGAUUAUUUCUCAAGAUGAAGCAGACAGAAGAGGCAAGGUGUAUGAUAAAUACAUGUGCAGCUUUCUGUUCAACUUGAACAACGAUUUUGUGGUGGAUGCAACCCGUAAGGGUAACAAAAUUCGUUUUGCGAAUCACUCAGUAAAUCCGAACUGCUAUGCAAAAGUCAUGAUGGUGAACGGCGACCACAGGAUCGGCAUCUUUGCGAAGAGAGCCAUCCAGACCGGUGAGGAGCUGUUCUUCGAUUACAGAUACAGCCAGGCCGACGCCCUGAAGUACGUGGGCAUCGAGCGGGAGAUGGAAAUCCCCUGACUGCUACCUCCUCCUCCCCUUCCUCCGAACAGCUGCCUUAGCUUCAGGAACCUCGAGUACUGUGGGCAACGUAGAAAAGAAAAUGCAGUUUGAAGUUCUGAAUUUGCGAAGUACUGUAACAAUAAUUUAUAGUAACGAGUUUAAAAAUCAACUUUUUAUUGCCUUCUCACCAGCUGCAAAGUGUUUUGUACCAGUGAAUCUUUGCAAUAAUGCAGUAUGGUACAUUUUCCAACUUUGAAUAAAGUGUACUUGAACUUGUG